CUCUCAUUCACCAAAGCCAUGAACAAGUUAAUUAAGAAAUCUCAAGUUCUAGUGCUCUUUGUUCUUGUUUUUCUUCUUGCCAUCACACCCUUUUUACCUUCCUCUGUUAGGCCUACCUACUUGUACUUCAUCCUAAACUUCCUCAUCAUCACACUUGGUGCCGAAGCUGGCCUCCUUUCAGUUUUUUCAAGGCCUUUAGAAGACAGUAAACAGUUUGCUUCUGUUAUACAGAAACCUGUGAUUCCCCCAGAAGUCAAUUUUGAGAAAAGGGAAGCUUCAAGCACAAGAAGUGUAUGUGCUGUCUCAGAACAUGUUGAAGAGAAGCUCAAGGCUGUUGAAAAGUCUGCAAUAUCUGAAAGGGUUGUUUGUGUCACCAAAGUGGACAAAGUGCAAGCUGAUGAAGAAGUCAUGGAGGAAGAGGUUGAAGCAGAAGAGGAGAUUGAUGGAGUUAGUGGGCAAGAGCUGUUUGCAAAAGAUGAGGCCUUCAUUAGGAACUUCUACAAGCAAUUGAAGAUGCAGAGAGAGGAGUUUUGCAUUUAUCAGAAAGCCUUUUAAGACUGCAUAAGCUUUUGCUAUAGAAUAAUGUGAUUACUCUGCUGUUAAAUUAAAAACAU